AUGUCUUAUUCUUUUCCCCAGUAUAAUAACUUUACACCAUCUGACAAUUAUGAAACACCAUACCCUAAUAUCCCUAAUCAUUCUAUAGGUAGUUUACCUCCUCUUUGUGGCCAGCCGGAUAUGAUGUCUCCAUCCCCUGAAUCAAGUGGGCUAGGGCUGUCGCGUUCUCCCUCCAUGGAUCUUUUUCAACAGAGACCCGAUAACGCGCCACAACAAGGUCAUGAGACUAUGGGAGCAAAUGGACUUUUGGGCGCAUAUAUGUGCCUCGAAGAGCAGAUUAAAUUCCUCCAGCACGAUAUUUUACAGCUGCGGAUGGACAAACAAAUGCUGGCACGUGAGCGAGAUUUACACCAGCGCGUCUUUCAGUUGGCCGCUUAUAAUAAGCUUGCGGAAUCUCUCUCACUAACUCUAGACCCUGCCAGCCUCAGUACCCUCUCCCCUCAGAGUCUGCCUGUGAUGCUAAAGGCGAAGGAAAUCGCAGUCCCAUCCUACAAUUGUGCUGACUUUCCCAGCGAGUUCAUAUGGACGAAGGAAGACUGGAAGAAGCGCCAGGAGAAACCAUCGACGCAGCUUGAAAAGUUGCAUCCGCUGCGCUACAUCGUCGACAAGAAUAACAAGCCUAUUCCCUUGGAGCGAGUCACAGCAAUCCGUACCACAUCCCGACGGGUGUUCGUGGACAUCUGGAACAUCAAGGAGGCGCCCAAAAGCUGGGGAGCUGCAUCGGGGUCUGCCAGUAAGCUGUACUACCGAGAAAUGGUGACAUUCUUCCCUGAGCUUGGCUACUGUGACGGCAACUGGAAAUGCGACGCCAUUGCAACUGCUAGCUACACAUCUUGGCGCAAGAAUCAUAUCAGCUGCUUGGUUCGUGAAGGGACUUACAAGCCAACGGCAGAAGAUAUCCUCGACUUCGAUAAUCUCGAGACGCUGGACUCUGACGACACUGACUGUGCCACUGGUGAUGUGAAGCCCAAAAAACGGACCCGUGACUCUGACCCACUUAGCAUCGCAUCAAUUUCGAGCAAGAAGCAGAAGCCAUCGGAAAUAUCAGUCCCUGAACAUGAAUCGCCAAUGCCAACACCACCGCUACCAGACUCAGAUGAGUCACAGCCCACUGACCUUGGCCAUUCUGACAACGUGAACGAGACACAUGCAUCCAGGCCCCCUGCCAGAUUUUGUGCACGGCCACUUAAAUUCGCAAACCCGCUUACCACUCUUGAACCAACUACUAGUGCAGAUCAACUGCCCUUGAUUCCACCCUCCCCCUCUGAAGAUAUCCUGACUCCAUCUACAGCCCCAGCGGAGGAACCAAUAUCCACACAGCCGACCGGUGAACACACACCUUCCAUUGCACUGACCCCAGAACACUCCCUAGAUCACCCUGACAUAGUACCUGACACCAAUCCACCAACAGCUGUUGUCGCCGACCUGGUACCAACUAGUACAACCACGGUACCUCUACUAGUGUUAGAUGCCUCCGCUACCAGCAAACCUCAUCCUAGUGUGCCAGCAAAGAAGUCAAGGAAGAUGCAGGUUGGGAAAGCACAGAAUGGACGUAACCUAUGCGCACGUGAAUGGCUCACUCACAACAAGACUGGAUCAGCAGCCGAGUUCAAGACCUACUAUGAUGGACUGUCGGAAGCGCAGAAAAAAUCAUACGACGAGCUCGCUGCCAAGAAGGUUGCAGCUGGCGAAUGGCUCCGUUAG